UCGGCUGCUACGGACGUCGAGACGGCGAAUACGAGCAAACAGAACACCGAUACAAUCAGUCAACGAGACAUAGGUAGAUUGAGUCAACGGCCACUGUGGCGGCGGCAGCAGCAGCAGCAGUUAAGCAAAACUUCGCGGGGUUAAGCAUCACAGGUAAAGCAGGGGUUGCGACGGCAGCCAACCCGGGUUCCUCCUGCUGUUAUUGCAGUAAAAGAGGUGGACAAGUGGAUGUACCAACGGUAGCGACCGUUGUUGGGCUCCGGCUUGGUGCCGGCAGCGGUGCCAGUUGCUUGUUGUGUGUGUUUCUCUGUAUUCAGAGUUGUGAUCGUAGAGAAGUGUUACAAAAAAGCUAGCCGUAGCAUACGUAGCGUAACACGGACGAAAAAAGCUGAACUUUUGCGUUCUCUCGCUGUAGGGCGGUGUAUGUGUGUGUAUACGUGCGAUUGGCAACUCGCUCUGCGCUUCUUGCUCGUGCUACUGAGUGCUAUAAUCGUGUCAUAUUGGAGGAGAGUCUGCGUUUGAGAGAAAUAAGAAAGUCUACUACUCACUAUUGCUCAUCAGCAAAACACUGAACGAACGAAUAAAGCAGGCAGUCAAGUGGGCUUCCGACAUCAAUUGAUAUUCGGUUAGUCUAUUGUGCUGCUGCUGCUGCUGCUGCUGCUGUGGAUCGUCUGUUCCGCUCGCUGUUGUGGUUUUAAGGAACAGAGAGACGAACAUUCGACAUUUGUUGAACAAAGACGGCCGCACCGAGGAGGCAAUAGCAGUGCGUUGUUGCUGAUAAAAAAACAAGUUUCGGGUCAGUCGGUCUCUUCUGCGGCCCAAUUGUGACAUGUGUGGGGUGUUUGCAAAUCAAUAAGUAAAUUUUAUUCGCUCGUAUCGGAAUAUAUAUCUAUAGUGACAUUUGUGCUUUUAAAAAACCAUAUGUAAAAAGUGAACCGUUUUGUACGCCCGAUUAGCAGAUCGAGUAACGAACAUUUUUUUCGCACGCCAACGCAUAUCAUUAGGUAUUAUUCGCCAAUGAUUUUAUGUCCAGUGCAUCGAUAAGUGGACCCUGCUAUUGCAUCGUAGAAGAUCGCCGGCGGGGUUGAGACAGUACUGUCUGAACAGGCAAUGCACCGAGUCAGAGUCAAAUGUGAGCUGUGACGAUAACUUUCGUCGUUGUUAUUUCUACCGCUGCAGUGUUGCAUCAGGGACGCUGCAAUUAAAGCAGUCGUCCGUUCUCUGAUGGCCAGUGGUGGCGCACGCUCCGGCGGGGUGCUCGCCAACAGCCUACUUCUACCAUGGGGAGCUCGGAAGGAUCGAGCUGCAAACGCACUGCCGCUAGCAGUCGCAGGCGACACCGAUGUUAAGCCGGGCGAAUACGCGCUUCGGCUGCUGUUCGCUGAGUUGACGGUACAGGCCGAACGCAAGGUGGCGCUGGUCCUUACUGAGCCGCUUGAAAGGCCGCUAAGUAAAAGCCUGCAAAGAGGCGAAGAUGCCGUCUUCGACCAGCUAUUGGGCGCACUUGGAAGUGUUGCCGAACAUUGCUUACCAUCCCUAUUAAAAACGCUAUUUGCAUGGUACGAAAAACAGGCCGUUGAGGGUCCCGCGCCAGCUACGCCUGCGCCGCAAGCACCUACUGAAUCACCGAUUGCACGUUUCCGGGCAGAAUCAAAUAAGUCAACGAAAGAAUUGGAAAGCCGAUCCGAGCAUGACUACCUUCUCGAGCGGAGAGAUCUCGCUAUAGAGUUCAUCUUCUGUCUUGUCCUCAUCGAGGUACUUAAACAGCUACCGCUACACCCGGGCCAUGAAGACCUUGUGCUGUAUAUUGAGAACCUUGCUUUCAAACACUUCAAGUUUCGGGAAGGGUCCCAGCAGGGUCCGAAUGUUACUAACUUCAACAUCAUUGCCGAUCUCUACGCCGAAGUUAUCGGUGUGUUGGCGCAGAGUCGUUUCCAGUCUGUGCGAAAGUGCUUUAUGAACGAGCUCAAGGAACUUCGGGCGCGCGAACCCUCAGCGCACACGACACAGAGUAUCAUCUCACUUCUCAUGGGAAUGAAGUUCUUCCGCAUUAAGAUGGUUCCUAUUGAAGAGUUCGAGGCAUCAUUUCAUUUCAUACAAGAAUGUGCUAUUUACUUUCUCGAAGUGAAGGACAAAGAUAUUAAGCACGCGCUAGCUGGCCUCUUCGUUGAGAUUCUUGUGCCGGUGGCUGCUGCCGUUAAGAAUGAAGUCAACGUGCCAUGUCUCAAGAACUUCGUCGAUUUACUCUACCAACAGACACUGGACUUGUGUACGAAAAAGAAACACUCGUUAGCGUUAUUUCCGUUGGUAACAUGCCUUUUGUGUGUGUCGCAACGAGCCUUCUUCCUGCAAAAUUGGCAUUGUUUUUUGGCCAUGUGUCUGUCGCAUUUGAAGCACCGAGAUCCCAAAAUGUGCCGCGUUGCCCUCGAGUCCCUCUAUCGGCUCCUUUGGGUGUACAUGAUUCGUAUUAAGUGUGAAAGCAAUCAGGCGACACAUACGCGUCUACACAGCAUCGUCAACUCGCUCUUUCCAAAGGGCAGUAAGGCGGUUGUGCCGCGGGAGACGCCUCUCAACAUCUUCGUUAAAAUUAUUCAGUUUAUCGCACAGGAACGCUUGGAUUUCGCAAUGAAAGAAAUCGUCUAUGACCUGCUUUCAGUGGGUCGACCCAUAAAAUUUAUCCUCACUCCGGAACGAAUGGCUAUCGGACUUCGAGCUUUUCUCGUGGUUGCAGAUAGCCUCCAACAACGAGAAGGAUACCCACCGAUGCCUCGGACGGUCGGAGUUUUACCAUCCGGAAGUACGUUACGAGUCAAGAAGACAUUUAUCAAUAAGGCACUCACCGAGGAUACGGCCAAAGCAAUCGGCAUGUCUCAACAUUAUCACUAUGUACGGAAGGCUUUCGACGACAUUCUGAGAGCGUUGGAUGCUCAAUUUGGACGGCCCCUUAUGAUGACUCACACUCAUAAUACCAAUAAAGAGGCGGAGGAAAUGAUUACAGCCGAACGUAAGCCCAAGAUCGAUCUGUUCCGAACAUGUGUUGCUGCGGUGCCCCGAUUAAUUCCUGAGGUAAUGCGACGGAAGGAACUCGUUGAUCUUCUCGCUCGGCUCACUGUACAUCUCGACGAAGAACUACGCGGUCUGGCCUUCCAAUCACUACAAAACAUGAUUGCGGAUCUACCUGAGUGGCGUGAGGAUGUGCUACAGGGCUUUGUACAGUUUACCCUAAGAGAUAUUGGAGACCUACCUAUAGGCCAGCAGCAUCUCGCCGACCAAGCGCAUCGAAUGCUGCUGCAGUUGCUUGCGGCCUGGCGAAACGCGAGCCCGCAACCUCGAGACGUGUCCGAGAUGCGAGCAGACACCAUCGCCAACGUUUUGCAUCUUGUUGAAGGCCUGUGCCUUGUUAUGUUGUGUCAGAAUCGACUCGCCCAGCGUCGCGUGGCAGUUCAUUUGCUUAAGGAGGUCAAAUGCCUGAUCCGACUGUUGUUACCUCCCCCACCGAGAUCCGAUCCUCCUGUGAUCGACGUGGUCGAGAGCUCUCUUCCUGCAGUUGUCGACCGCUUACUCCGACAUACUCAUUUGCAAUUGCCGCCAGCCGAACGUGCGGCACUGCAAAGUGCACAACAGUCACAGCAGCUAGAUCUACAGUGGCUGACGGAGCGUAGUAGCCCCGUGUGGACUGGCAAUCCGAACCCCACGCUGCUAGACGAUACCGACAAAAAUACAGGAGUGAACAGUAAUACCGGUCAAGGAAGUCACAAUAACAAUACGGCUGGAUCAACCAGCUCGGCCUCAAAUGUAUUCCAGGAUUUGUCAAAAAUGGAUGCGUGGUGUCUCUCAAUGAUGGUAUUCGUACCAGGUGUGGUUAAGCAUUGCCCGACCGCAGUCACAAUGUCAUGGCCCAUUGUCACAGGACGCAUCAAUGCUCUGUUCAGCCACUUUGAGAUGAGUCUCAUUAAUGACAAUCGUGCCUCGUUACUCAGGACCAACACAGUGAAGAAGACGACUUCAGAACGUGACGCACAGUUAGCCUUGUGGCGUAAUUACAUUUUGUACGCAUGCCGAGUAGCCCCGUCUAACCCAAAUGUGAUCAUGCGCUACCUCUCGCCCGAUCUCAGCUUUAGUAGUUCCCCGGAGAAUCUUCCUGCCGGGCGAGACGAGAGCCGCAUUAGCAACUCGGGCAUCAGCGCCACCAAUCUGUUCAAACAACUCGUACCUUUACUUCGAUCUGAACAGAGUGACAUGAGGUCCGCGGUCGUAUUAGCCUUAGCACAGGUCAAUCCCACUGCUCUGAAAGAUCUGGUGGAAGAGUUGGCACCGCAUAUUCGGGAAGCCGUCGACAGGAAGCAAGAGAACCUCCGCAGAAGGCGUAGAAGAGAUAUUCUACGGGUGCAUUUAACCAAGCUGAUGGGGAACCUAGCCGGUGAAGGAACCCUUGCUGUUGCAUCGAUUGUCCGCGACAAGGAAACUGGCUCACUGUCUCCAGUAUUCUUGGAGUAUAUUGAUGGUGUACGCCUCCUGCUUGAGACAGAGAGUCAAGGAGAUAAGGAUUCUGCAGCAGUGGCCACCGACCUGAAACAUCAUUUCUGUAGUUUCCUGAUCAAACUCAUUAAGAGUUUCAACAUUGAGCAGCGCUCGGCGCUUCUAUCGCUCGAGCUGCGUCGUAAGCUGUUUUAUCUAUUUGCCAACUGGUGUGGCUAUCUGGGCACGCCGUUCUCUGAGCGAAACGACACUGUCAUGGAGUAUGACAUGACACAUCUGCAGGCCAUGUGCACGGUGCUUGGCUGCGGGCCAAUGUUUGAGCCGCCAGGCGUACACGAAGAAAGUGUUAUAUAUCACUGGCUGGAUGGUUUAUUAUUUUCGAAAGAUGAGAAACUCAAUCAAAUUGGGCUUGAGACUGUAGUCCUUCUUCUCGAAAACAACCAGGACACGGUCAACGUUCUGGACUGGCUUGUAGAUCGCUGCUAUACGGGUGAAACGAAGCUAGCCGAUGCAUGCUUCAAGGCUCUCGUUACAGUGUUUAGUAGUCGAGAAUACCCGUGCGAUCAUUACAUCUCAAUUAUUAACGUAGCGCUACUUAACGCGGGUUCUUCAAGGGCUCACAACCAAGAGAUUGCACUUCAGCUGCUACAUGUACUUGACAAUCGCUUCUUCAGAUCACCCUCGAUGUGCGAGUCGUUUGAGGAACCCUCAACACCUGACGGCAAGAAAAAAGGUCAGGCGUCUCGGGAUGAGGAGCGCAAGAAAUCACCUAUGCUUCCACGAUCAGAAGAACAGCCAGGUAGCUCACCAAGCUCACAUAGUUCAGGCAGUCCGGGUCGUAUAAGCCCACGAUCGGAGCGAGGAGCUCAACCAGCCAUCUGGUUUAAAGACGAACUUAAGAAGCCUUUGCUACUUGCUGGCUUUCCACCAUCGCAACUGUUGUUGUCUAGACAGAUUUCGCGACUGCAUCCGGAGCUCACGAUGCCAAUGUUCUCCGAGAUUACGUCACGUUUCCGGAGUGCACGGCCAGCGGUGCGUGCCAACAUGCUGCACUAUCUUCUGCCGUGGCUAUACAACAUGGAACUUGUGGACCCGAACGUAGCCCAUCGUGGACAGGAACAGGCGUGUCCACCAGGCAAAGAAGCGCGUGAUGGUCGUGAAGGCUGGGGUUCAGCCGAAGCCACCGAAAUGGUGCUCAACAACCUUUUUUAUGUCACGGUCAAGUAUGGUGACGAGCAUUCCAAGGAGAUUGAGGAGCUGUGGGCGGCUCUUGGACUCUGUUGGCCUAGUAAUCUGCGAGUCAUCAUACGCUACCUCUUCAUCAUGAUCACGCUUUCACCUAACACACUGUUGCACAUUUGCAAACGGAUCGUCCUCUACAUGGCACGCACGGCAUCGGAGAGUAUCAUCGAUGAGCUCAUGGCUGAACUGCAGGUCGUUGAGACUCUAAACGCGCACGUCGAACGCACAGAGGCACCGCCAUUUUACCGCCUCACACGAAAAGGUAGCAGUAACAAUAGUGAGGAGGAGAAACGCAUCGAACUCGAACAGGAACGUGGUACGAUUCACACGAAACGUCGAAGUGCAGAAGAUGGCUCCGAUGGAUCGGUGUCGUCGGUUAAAAGCCUAACCCGGGCCGACGGAGAUGGGAUUGGCGAUAAUAAUUUUAUUCUCCUGUGUCGUAUGGCGGACGAAGGCAAGCCCCAGUCAGCUGGCAAAGAACCACACCCCUUGCCUAUGCCUGAGUAUGGCGGUUAUUACGCGCCUCUCUCACAGGAGCUUCCAGCUACUGCAGUUUUCCCCAAUUGCGGUUUUCAUCGUUGCAAUAUGGCAGUCAUUCUACUUGCUGACAUGGUGACAGCGGGCAUUUCCGUAGACUGGUCGCCACACAUUCCGCUACUGCUACACGUCGCCUUCCUGGGGUUGGACAAUGGCAAGCAGCUGGUCUACGAACACUGUCGCAAACUCCUCCUGCACCUUCUUGUGGCAGUGGCGCAGCACAAUGAUGACUAUACGGUUUCACGCAUCCUGCUCAACGCAGCUACUCAACACUUGAACUUCGGUUUACCUGGUCAGGUGUUUACGGCUAUCAAGUAUAACUUCACUGAGCCACAGAAGACCGCUAUUAGUACAUCCACGACACUGGUUAACCCUAGCGGCGGGUAUUUUGAGGCAUUCGUUUCCGUACGCGUGAAGUUAGGUCGAGGAGGCGAAACCGCAGAGGAAGUGACUACCGAAGACGUUAUCAAAUGUCUUGUCGACUUCUUGGCGUGCAAGUCUGAUACACCACUCUGGGCCUGUGAAGAUAUUACUGCAAAGGUAUGGUCGGUGAAAAGUGCCGAACAGUUAUCCACCUUCCUGCAGCACGUGCUUUUCGUCUUCAAGGAGUCACUGCCUCUUGCCCGUAUUGAGGAACGCUGGGCACAGUGCGCUCUACAGAUGGCGUUAGGUUGUUCAUCUCGACACUACGCCGGUCGCUCACUCCAGAUAUUUCGAGCACUCGGUGUUCCACUGAAUAACCGUAUGCUAAUGGAUGUUCUUUCCCGACUUGUCGAGACCGUCAGCGAACAAGGCGAGGAUAUGCAAGGCUACGUCACCGAACUCAUGCUUACACUCGAAGCCGCGGUCGACGCAUUGGACGCGCCUGUAAAGAUAUCUGAUCUAAUGCGAGAAAUCUUCAAGCCAAUUCCGCAGAGUUCGACAGCAAACAACAAGAACAGCAAACAAACGCCAGCAAGCUACUCCUCGCUGCAUCGUCAACAUAGCCAUAAUCAUGCACGUUCGACAUCGCACAGCGUCACUGUGGUUAGCGUGGGGCAGGGCUCCCUCCAGCAGAAGAAGGCCGGUGGCGGCGAGUCGCCCUUGCCAAGAUUGGCUCGCACGUCCAACGUCACCGCCACCUCUGCCGAGGAGGAGCCCCGUCAGGCCGCGCAAUCUACCCCGCUCGGAGCAGGCCAGCAGCAGCAGUCGCAAACACCUGCAUCGCAUCCCGGGCAACAGCUCGGCCGAUCCCGCAGUGCCCUGUCGUUGAAGGUAGGUGGUGCUGGUGAAGAGGUCACUCAGGAGGAUAGGACCAACUUACUCCUACAGAUGUUUUGGAUUGCUUUGUCGGUUCUUGAUUCCGACUAUGAACACGAGUUCCUGCUAGCGCUUCGACUAUUGGAAAAGGUCUUGCUAAAGCUACCGCUAAAAAACACUGAAUGCAUUGAGAAGCUUGAUAAAAUACGUUCGCAGAUGAAGUGGACGAAUUUCCCUGGAGUACACAACAUUCUACUGAAAGGCUGUACGUCACCGACAGCCUUUGAUGCGACGAUAACGGUACUCUGCCUUCUCACAAACCACUUAGAUAUUGCCGUCGUAGAUUGUUCGCAAAAUAGUCUAGGUUUCCCGCUUCACGUCAUGGCGUUACUACCUUAUCUGUUGGUCAAUUAUGAAGAACCCAGCCAGCAAUGCAUUAGGGCGGCCGAGAACAUCGCUCAGGUAUGCGUCGAACAAGGACCGAAGCUAGAGAAUCUUGCAACAGUGAUGACGCUUUAUUCCCAAAGGGCAUUUAGUAAAGAAAGCCUACAGUGGUGCAAAUGCAUCGUCAAAUACCUGUACGAUGCGUAUCACGACGUGUUCCUUCACCUCGUAGGUUUUCUCGUAGAGAUGCUCGAGAAAGGACCGACGUAUUUGGUAGCACACGUACUCACUGUUCUGUAUUGCAUCCUGCUAUAUUUGGACAUCAGUGGGCCGACAACGGCAGCAUGCCUUAAUAACGAUCUGCUCAAAACACUCGCCCGAUACGUAGAAGGUAGUCACUGGAAGGACGCUCUACGAGUAAUCAAACAUGUCGUCACACGAUGCUCAGCUUUGCCACCAAACGCCGCUGGUGGCGUCCAUCCUCAUCCACCGCACGCACAUCCGGCACCUCAUGCAUCAGACGCCGUGUCGCUUGCGUCGUCAGCUUUCGAAGUGGCUGAUAGUGUGCAGAGCGGUAAGCGCGAAUUGCCGGGACGCACAAUGGAUUUCAGCUUCGAUAUGACGUGUGCUCCAUAUGUGGGUCUGAAGGGGGCAGCGCCCGUCACGCCGACGCCCGCCCCGUCACAGCAGGGACAGCAGCAACAAAACAACAGUUCAAAUAGCAGCAUGGUAGCGGCGCCAUCACCCAGACGCAGUCUAUCGCACGCAGCAUCCUUCAACAAUGACAAUCAACUCAGCGGAUGGAAACGGCCUUGGCUUUCACAGGCAAAGACGCGCGAGCAUCUGAUUUCCGUUCUAAGCUCGUGCGGCCAACGAGUCGCGGCGUUGCCGAAAAGCCCGUCGGUGAUCUUCAGCCAUACAUCAGACUCGCACCAUCAGUCCAUGUCGAUGUGCUCAUCUACAGAGGAGGUAUCCGUGAAUGUCGGCCCAGGAGAGCAUCACUCGUCGGCAGAUCUAGAUGCUAACAACGAUUUCGGAGUGUUUAAAGAUUUCGAUUUCCUUGAGUACGAGUUGGAAAGCCAGGAGGGCGAAACCAUCGACAACUUCAAUUGGGGAGUGCGUCGUCGUUCGCUGUCUAACUUCGAGCCCGAUGACACGCCGUAUCAGGGCACGUCCAGUGCUCAGGACUAUAAUACACUUGUCCUUCAUAAGGACAAGCGGGCACGUGAACGCGAUAAGGAGAAUCGAGCGGUUGCAGGACUGGCGGAGCUGGCAAGCGCUACCGGACCACAGGAUAACUCGUCUUCGGAUGACGGUUCGGUGUCGCCUUUCUAUGACCAUUCAGACGUACCGAGUAUCUCGUUAGUCUUCCCAAGCCGUCCAUCACCGUCACGCGUCUCGGGAUCCUCGCAAUCCCUCAUCUCGGAAGGCGAUUGUACUCUAAGCAAUACCUCGCCAGCAUUCUCUCCGGUGCUGGCACAUUCCGGUCACGGUGGACAUGGUGCCUGCGCGCAUCCGUACCUUGAUGACUGUGAACAUUUAUGGCGAAAUAACGUCCGUCAGCUUAUGACAGCCGCCACAGAGGCAUCUGCUGGAGCAAACGUCUAUAGAACCCUUGGACGCCUACUUAAGCAGUGCUUUCGGAAGGUGUCCGAACUGACCCGUGAGUGCUGUGGCUAUCUCAGUACCAAUGAUAUCUUUAAGAAAGUCACCACUAAUUUUACGACGAUACUAGACGUAUUGGCAAAUCAGGCAGAGCCGCCUUUUAUUCAUAUCGAUCCCGAGCUAUUGGGCUCAGCCCGAGCCCUCGAGCGGCUUAAGUUCCUCGUGUUGGAGGUGCAGGAGCACUUUGAGACCUUCCUCGACAAGCGGGAACACGCCCUCGAGCAUAUGGACGCACUGCGUUCGGCAACAAAACUUGAAGCAAUCGGUGAAGAAAUGAGUGAGGAGCUGAUGGAUGAAACCAAACUGGACCUGUGCCGCGCUUUGUAUAAGUUGCAUUUCCAAACUCUACUGCUCGUUGACAGCUAUAAUAAGACCCUUUCGCAUCUCGCCGGUAGUAUCAACCAUACACAGAUUGUGGACCUCUCCGAAGAGGUAUCUGCGGUCAAGGCGGAGAUUUUACGUGCAUGCGAGGACACUGAAUCGGACCGGAUGUCACCUCCCGUUCCUAUUGAACUGCACUUGCUAUCACAGCCCGAGGCGGAGAACGUUCUUAUAGAACUUGUUAUGCAGCACAAGUGGAACAAAGUGACGAAGCAUCUACACACGUACCGCCAGUUGUUCCCAUCACUUCAGCUGGGCUCUAGCGAAGAUGAUGACAUGGACGUCGUCCUUAAAAUCUAUUGUCGACAGCUGUGCGAACAUCGUUCUGGCUACUUCGUUGUGACCCGUCCGGAUCACGACAUGACCGAGGUGUGCCACAAGUUACGUGACCUCAACCUCCAGUUGUCGUCAACACUGCAUCAGCUUGAAACAUCUGCAAACGAAAUGCCGGCUGGUAACACCACUUCGUCGCCCAUACAAACGACGCCACUCCGAAGUUCAGCACAGCGGCCUUCAUCGUAGAGUUUAUGACAAACCAGUGAAGUCUAUCAGUCAGCUCUUUCGAUAAAUAACUAGUGGCCAUCAAUUACUAAUCACCGAACACGUGGCGAAUACUGAUCUAGUUGUCAAUCCUUCUAUAUGCCUCUUACGGUCUCGGUCGAGAACUGUGUGAGAGCUGACGGUUUUACCCUGCCUUCAAGCAUCGCAGUGCCUCCUUAAUGCACUAGCACAUUUGGGCUGAACCAAACUAUCAGACUUCAGUAAAGGCAAACAAUAGACACUACACACUAGCAAUUCUAGUUAAAAAAACAACUAGAUAACCUUGAUAUAACACUAACAACACACAUGUUCAAACAGGCCUAUAUACCUACAAAUUGAGUUAUAUAUAUUAUAUAUAUAACAUUUGAUUCUGUAACUUGCCCGGAUUACAUCCUGUACUGUGCAGAAAGGAAGGGAAAAAUAUGUAGAGCUUGUAGUAGUAAUACAGAGACGAUAACAGAUAAACAGAGAUAGAAAGAAAAGAGGUUAUUUAGAAAGAAGUGAUUAUUGAAACUAUGAUUGUCCCUCGUUACAGCUAUACGAUUAUUUUUAUUAUUAUUUGUAAGCUAAUAUGCUACUAUUUAUUGGAUUUUAGAUGAACUGUACAUAGAUAAUACGAUGCUGUGUUCACCCGCAUACGAGAUGAUGGUCAAAGUAAUGGUGGGGCCUGUGUAAAAACAGUUCUUGUGGUCGGUAUCAACUUCGUUGCAGGCAAUGCCCACAGAGGUCCAUUGGUGAUCCAUAAAGAGGUAGUCUAACGCCUUCCGUCUCUUGUAAUAGUUCCCGGCUGUCCUUUCCCUCUGCCGUUUCUUCCCUGUAGAAACAGGGAAAGUUGUGAUAAUUUUGGUUCCUCUAAUUGGGUCGUCUUGCUGUGAAUGAGACUCGUUCGUCUCUUCCGACCGUAGCGACGAUGACGGUUGUCGACUGUGAAUCUGUUCAACAUGACAAUCUCUUACACCUUUUUGUGCAGUGUUGUAGAGUGUAGAAGAUGGCGUCGAUAGCUCUGUAGCAUGCAACCCGAACCACCGAAGAUAAAAAUACCCCGGGCCGGAACGACAUAGCUUUGUGUACACUUUCUUUUUUUAUUUUUCUUGUUAUAAUGGUGAUGAUCAUGCCGAUAAUAAUAAUAAUAAUCAUAGUAAUAACAGGAAUAAUGAUAUUAAAGAGAGCGGGUGAGUAAAGAAAUGAGAUGACGAUGAUAAUAACAAAAUAACCGCCACAUAGCUGUCGUUACUACCGUGCGUGAAUAAAUAAAAAAAAGUGUGGAAGUUAGUCAA